AUGACAAACCUUGUCAAGGGUUGUUGCGAGUUUCUUGAAAACAAUCUCAACAUUGACAACUGUUUGCGUUGGUCACACUUGGCCAAAGAGCUUAGUUUGUCCGAUCUUCAAGAAAAGACUUUGAACUUUGUUUAUGCAAACUUUGAGGAAGUAACAAAGGGACCUGAGUUCUUAGUUUUGAAUGAAUUUGAACUCAAGGAUUUACUUUUUAACAACAAUUCAUAUCGAGACUUGGAGGAACAAGUUUUUCUUAGUUUGGUGGAGUGGAUCGAAUAUGAGAAAGUUGAUCGACGACAUCUUUUGUUUGACUUACUCUCAAUGGUUCGCUAUCAAUUGCUUACGGCCAAGUUCAUAAUCCACAAGAGAAAGUUAGUUUGUAAAAUUGGAGAUUAUCAAAUCUUGGAAUUAAUUUGCACUUGGCUUGAGUAUCACUUGGUGCCGGAGUCUCGCACAAGUGAUGACCAAAUCGCCAUUUUGGCUUCCAAACCAAAAAUAGAAGUUAAUGUAGAGAAAGAUGUUGGUAACUUUUCAGUCGUUCAUUUAAAUAAAGAAUAUGAGCCAGAAAUAAGAAGUUACAAUCAAAUAUCAAAAACUUGGUCGUUGGACAAGAGGUUUACUCCUCAUUCAGCAACAAAAUACAAGAAUUCUCUAAUUUUAAUUGAUGAAAAACUAUACGUUGUUGGUGGAAAAUUAAUUGAUACGAAAAAAAACCGUUGA